GCGGCUCACCCGGGUAGGCUGAGCGGAGUUCUUGUAAUUAUGGCCAAGCCCCGGGUGGCGCUGGAUGCGGAGAGCACGGCUGCGGCCACUGUGCUAAAACGGGCGGUGGAACUAGAUUCGGAGUCUCGGUACCAGCAAGCUCUUUUGUGCUACCAGGAGGGGAUUGACCUGCUCCUGCAGGUUCUGAAAGGGACCAAAGAUGAUGCUAAAAAACGUACUCUCAGAGAAAAAAUUUCAGGCUACAUGGAUAGAGCAGAAAACAUAAAGAAAUAUGUGGAUCAAGAAAAAGAAGAUGGAAAAUAUCACAAGCAAAUUAAAAUAGAAGAGAAUGCGACAGGAUUCAGUUAUGAGACACUUUUUAAAGAAUACCUUAAUGAGACAGUUACAGAAGUUUGGAUAGAAGAUCCUUAUAUUAGACAGAUUCAUCAGCUAUAUAACUUACUUCGAUUUUGUGAGAUGCUUAUUAAGAAACCAUGUAAUGUAAAAACUAUUCACCUUCUCACCUCUCUAGAUAAGCAGGGGUGUGUGAAAGAGUCACAAAGAAAUGGCCUAGAAGAAAUAAAAACGUCACUCAGUAGACAUGGAGUGCUGUUGGAAAUAGAAUACUCUUCUUCAAUACAUGACCGAGAAAUUAGGUUCAACAAUGGAUGGAUGAUUAAGAUCGGAAGGGGACUUGAUUAUUUUAAGAAACUGCAGGGUCGUUUUCCCCUUGGAUACCAUGAUUUUGACCUGAGGCCAUGUCAUGAAACAACAGUGGACAUUUUUCAUAACAAGCAUACAAAAAAAAUAUGAUGGAUAGUGGCCUAGUCAAUAUAUAUUUCUACUUUCAGUGAUAUCUUAGUCCAUUUUCUGUUGCUAUACCUGAAUACCACAGGCUGGAUAAUUUAUAAAGAAUAGAGGUUUAUUUAGCUCUUGGUGGAGGCUAAGACAUCUUAAGAACAUGGUGCUGGCAACUGGUGAGGACCUUCUUUCUGCACAUGGAGGACGGCAUCACAUGGCAAGACAAAGCAAGCAUGCCAGAGAGCUCACUUUUAUAACAAAGCCACUCCUGUGAGGCACAGCCCUCAUGACCCAGUCAUCUUCCAAAGGUCCCACCUCAACACUGCUGUACUGGGGACCAUGUUUCCAACACAUGAACUCUUGGGGAACACAUUUAAACUAUAGCAAGUGAACAUAAGAUUUUUUAUAAAUUAUUUUUUUACUAUGAAUAGACCUUUCCUAUAAUAAAUGAAUUAACAAUAAACUUACGUUUCUACUCA